CGGAAGUGGCGGGUAAGAUUGGGUGGUUAUCUUCGGCCACGGGCCCAUAUAGACGGCGGAGAAAUCGGCUUCGGUAUGGGAAUGGGUGAAGUGGUGGAGACGAAGACGCGGUCAAAACUGUUUCCUUUUUCGUCAGAUCGAUCACUCUUUCGGUUCGGGGGUGAAGAAUGGAUAAGCAAGCAUUGCAUUGUAUUGUUUUGGUGGUUACCAGCCAAAACAAACUGUCUCGACAUUGCUUCUUCCUAUAAACUCUCCCCACUUUCACUUUUACAUUUUCUUUUCCUUUGCUUUGCUUUUACAUUCAUGCAUAAAUAAUUGUUCAGUUCUAAUCACAUACUUAGUGCAUGCGUCUUUUCAACAAGCUGAGAGAAAUGUCCGGAAUGUGGAGAUGGAACAAGCUGAGACACACGGCGGUAAUGGUGGCCUCUAGACGGCGGUGGCCGGCUGCUGCGGCGUCCGGAUCAUUGUCCACCUGGGAUGACGACUGGCGGAAGCGGACGAGGGGGUUGCUGAGCAGGCUUCACGCCGGGGGCAGGAGGAGGGAAUCGCUUCUCGGAGUUCAGGCGAGAUUCAAAGGCGGGUCUUCCGAUGAGCAGCUGGCUAGGCGGAUUAAGGUGGAGGUCAAUUGCCCUCGCUGUUCCAAGCACAUGGAUCUCAUCUUCACCAACCACAACCCCCACCUCAUUCCUGCCUCUAUUUCCGACCCCAAUUUUGCUUCUGAUAGUUUUAAUGGAGAAAGCACUGGCCGUCUAACUGCCUCUGUGACCUCUGUCUCUGUAGAUAAUGACUCCAUUAACGGUAACAAUAACACUAGUCAUAAGGGUGCUAAUCCAACGCCAGGUGGUGGCCCUUAUCACGCUGUGAAUAUCUGCCCCAAUUGUAAGACUGGAUACUACUUCCGGCCCUACAAGAUGACACCUCUUCAAGGAAGCUUUUUUGAGAUUGGGAGGGUUAAAACCAAUUCCACCAUAAAAAAUCCCGAUAAGAGAAUGGCCAAAGAGGAGGAGUACGCCAAGCGCCUCAAGACGGCCUUUUGGGAGACAUUGCAGAUAUACGGCAGUGAACCACCUGAGAAUUGGGCCCCGCCUACUUCACAACCUUCUAAAAAUGGUGUAGCCUUACAUACCCCCACUGCUCCACCGUUUCUCCCUGGUGUCAGUAUAUUCCGGGAACCUGGUCCUGAUUGCAAUGAGGAGAUAAGUUCUUGGGGUGGAUCUAAUUUGGGGAAGAAUUUACCCACGCCGAAAGAGAUCUGCAAGGGACUUGACGAGUUUGUCAUUGGCCAAGAGCGUGCCAAGAAGGUUCUUGCUGUCUCUGUUCAUAAUCACUACAAAAGGGUAUAUCAUGCCUCCCAGAAAAAGGGAUCAGAGGCAAAACCAGCUAAAGAAGAUAGUGAUGACAAUGUAGAACUCGAUAAAAGCAAUGUGCUUUUGAUGGGGCCAACUGGCUCAGGAAAGACAUUACUUGCCAAAACUCUAGCUCGUAUCGUUAAUGUGCCAUUUGUCAUUGCCGAUGCAACUUCUUUAACACAGGCUGGCUAUGUUGGGGAGGAUGUUGAAUCGAUACUGUAUAAACUGCUUGUGGUUUCUAAUUUCAAUGUACAAGCAGCACAGCAAGGGAUAGUAUACAUUGAUGAAGUAGAUAAGAUAACCAAGAAGGCUGAGAGCUCUAAUGUUAGCAGAGAUGUCUCUGGUGAAGGAGUUCAACAGGCACUACUUAAAAUGCUUGAAGGAACUAUUGUGAAUGUUCCCGAAAAAGGUGCAAGGAAGCAUCCUCGUGGCGAUCAUGUUCAGAUUGAUACAAAAGACAUUCUUUUCAUCUGUGGCGGGGCAUUUGUUGACCUGGAGAAGACCAUUUCUGAGAGGCGGCAGGAUUCUUCCAUUGGUUUUGGUGCGCCAGUACGUGCCAACAUGAGGACUCACGGAGUAACUAAUGCUGUUGUGACAUCAUCUUUACUUGAAUCUGUUGAGAGUAGUGAUCUGAUUGCAUAUGGCCUUAUCCCAGAGUUUAUUGGGCGCCUCCCUAUUUUAGUAACUUUGUCAGCACUUACAGAGAACCAACUUGUUCAGGUCUUAACAGAACCGAAAAAUGCUCUAAGUAGACAGUACAAGAAACUAUUUAGCAUGAACAAAGUGAGGCUGCAUUUUACAGAAGAGGCAUUGAGGUUAAUUUCAAAGAAAGCAUUUAACAAAAACACUGGUGCAAGAGGGUUAAGAGCCUUACUAGAGAGCAUAUUAACUGAUGCUAUGUAUGAGAUUCCUGAAGUUAAAGCAGAUGAUGAGAAAGUAGAUGCUGUUGUGGUUGAUGAAAUGUCUGUUGGUUCCGAAAGUGCCCCUGGAUGUGGUGGUAAAUUACUCCUAGGAGUUGGUGCUUUCGAGCGUUACCUUUCUCAGAGACGGUCUAAAGAUCAAAAUGUAGGUUUUAACUAACCUACUAAACAACUAAAUAAUCCCUCAUCCGUUCUCAAUAUUGUCCAUGAAGGAAAAACAUUGUGGGGAAUGCCAUUCGGACAGCAGGAUGGUGGUAAUUCAGAAGUUUCAUCAAGAGCAAUGAGCAUACAACAUCAGAAACAUCUCACCUUUAUCAUUAUACCGUAGAAUUAUUUUUUUGUAUAAAAUUUUUCAUUUCAUUUCACACCUAAUGUAAAUUUUUCAUAUUGAUCCAAUUGUAACACGAAACGAUAUCUAGUCAUUCACUAGAAAAAGUAACCAAGUAUAGCGAAUGAAGGCUCAUUUAUAGGACUUAUAUUUAAAUUCUAGUUUUGAUUUAACUUGUGUAAACCAUUCUUUGGUAAUGAGUAAAAGUAUUUGUCAUCGGAAAUAAAUUAGCAGCAAUCCUG